AUGGAGGCGACGCUACCCCUCCUCGUCCCGAGAGAAUCGCCGUCGGACGUCGAGACGCUCGACCAGUUGAGGGAGCUGCUCCUGUCUGAGGACGAGGUCAAGCUCGUCGUGCUCGAAUGCUUCCACGGCGGCCAGAAUGCCGCAUCGAGCCUCUCGCCCAUCAAGCCCGUGCCUUUCACGCAACGCGCCGAGCUCGCUCGAGCGUACCCGUCCCUCUCCAUCCACCACGUCGCUCUCACCGGCGCCGAGGGCAAGUCGAUCGAGCACGCUUUGCGCUGCCACGUUGCGCCGAGGUGCAUCGUGUGCGCCGGAGGACCGCAGCCUCGUGCGCUCGUGCGCAGGCAGGUUUCGAACCAAGAGAAGUAA